AACGAUACUAUAUCUUACGUUUAAUACACUCUCAUCCAACAAAAUCACCACCAGUAGCAGCUACAAGUAGUGUCACUCCAACAACCACCUAUCAAAAAAUUGAUGAAACAUCUUCUGACGAUAUUGAAGAAGAUCGUGGGAUGAAUGACUUCACAAUCUUACAAUAUGCGGGAGACUUUUAUUUUGCAAUGCAAGGUAAACCCUAUAAAGGUCCCUUAGGAGAUUGCAAAAAACGAAAUACUUCUAUAGUCGUGAAGAUGCAGGAGAUUUUAUUUUCAAUGCAAG